AUGGGAAUACCGUCAUUCUACCGAUGGCUGAUCGACAGAUAUCCACGUUCAGUAGUUGAAGUGAUAGAAGAUUCUCCGUCAUUUGUUAAUGGUGUUAAGGUCCCCGUGGAUACCACGAAGCCGAAUCCCAAUGGCUUUGAAUUCGACAAUCUCUACCUUGACAUGAAUGGCAUUAUCCAUCCCUGCUUUCAUCCAGAAGACAUGCCAAUGCCUGAAACUUACGAUGAAGUAUUCAGGGCAGUAUUUAAGUACCUUGAUCGGAUUUUUACUGUGAUUAGGCCGCGAAAACUUCUUUACAUGGCAAUCGAUGGUGUUGCACCAAGGGCUAAGAUGAACCAGCAGCGAGCAAGACGAUUCAGAGCUGCUAUAGAUGUAACUGAUGAAACUUCUCAAAUGGAGAGACCAAGAGGAGACCUUGAACAGGAAGGAAAUAACUUGGGAAAGCAAAAGCUCGAUUCAAAUGUAAUAACGCCUGGAACCGAAUUCAUGGAAUUGUUGUCUGAUGCUCUUCGGUAUUAUAUACAUUGGAGGACGAACCACGAUCCUGGUUGGCAAACAAUCAAGGUAAUCCUUUCGGAUGCUAGUGUGCCGGGUGAAGGUGAACACAAGAUAAUGUCUUAUAUCCGCUUGCAACGAAAUCUCCCAGGAUUUGAUCCAAAUACCCGACAUUGUCUGUAUGGACUGGAUGCAGAUUUGAUCAUGCUUGCUUUGGCUACCCACGAAGUUCACUUCUCAGUUUUAAGAGAGUCUGUAAGUAUGGGGUUUUUUCUCAGUUUUCAUCACUGAAAUUUUGUGUCCAAC